UGACAUUCUCCCAAAAGUCAUCUCAGUUUGUCAAAGAAGUUUAAAGCGUAAAUUUGUAUGGUUUAUUUUAGUGAAAAAAUAGUGAUUUUACAACUGUAUUAGAUUAAUUGUGAAACGUUACUAUAGGUAGCUCACAGGAUGAGGUUACAUUUAGGACUUGGUUUGCUCCUUGUCGUCGCCAGUGUCCUGGCUUCGAAGGACGAGAAAAAGGAAAAAGAUGAAGUAGGCACUGUUAUUGGAAUUGAUUUAGGAACCACUUAUUCUUGUGUGGGAGUUUACAAAAAUGGAAGAGUUGAAAUUAUUGCCAACGAUCAAGGUAACCGUAUUACUCCAUCGUACGUAGCUUUUACGGCAGAGGGAGAACGUCUCAUUGGUGAUGCCGCUAAAAAUCAGCUCACAACGAAUCCCGAAAACACAGUCUUCGAUGCCAAACGUCUUAUCGGACGUGACUUUACAGACCACACAGUCCAACAAGACUUGAAACUCUUCCCCUUCAAGGUCAUCGAGAAGAGCCAGAAACCCCAUAUCCAAGUGGAAACGAGUCAGGGCAACAAAGUAUUUGCUCCUGAAGAGAUUUCUGCUAUGGUUUUGGGCAAAAUGAAGGAGACUGCUGAAGCUUAUUUAGGUAAAAAAGUAACUCACGCUGUGGUGACCGUUCCUGCUUACUUUAAUGAUGCUCAACGUCAAGCUACCAAAGAUGCUGGUACCAUUGCUGGUCUUAACGUUAUGAGAAUCAUUAAUGAACCUACAGCAGCCGCCAUUGCAUAUGGUUUGGACAAAAAAGAAGGCGAAAAGAACGUUCUUGUAUUCGAUCUUGGAGGUGGUACUUUCGAUGUAUCUCUUCUUACCAUCGAUAAUGGCGUCUUUGAAGUAGUCGCUACCAACGGAGACACGCAUCUUGGUGGAGAAGAUUUCGAUCAAAGAGUCAUGGAUCAUUUCAUCAAAUUGUACAAGAAAAAGAAGGGUAAGGACAUCAGAAAGGACAACAGAGCUGUACAGAAAUUGAGAAGAGAAGUGGAAAAAGCGAAGAGGGCUCUUUCUUCCAGUCACCAAGUCAGGAUUGAAAUUGAAUCGUUCUUCGAAGGAGACGAUUUCUCAGAAACUCUCACCAGAGCUAAAUUCGAAGAAUUGAACAUGGAUCUAUUCCGUUCCACCAUGAAACCCGUCCAGAAGGUCCUCGAAGAUGCCGAUAUGAACAAAAAAGAUGUCGAUGAAAUCGUUUUGGUAGGAGGGUCUACUCGUAUUCCCAAAGUCCAGCAACUCGUUAAAGAAUAUUUUGGCGGUAAAGAGCCAUCGAGAGGAAUCAAUCCCGACGAAGCUGUCGCCUAUGGUGCUGCCGUUCAAGCCGGUGUAUUAUCCGGAGAAGAAGCCACUGAUGCUAUCGUCUUAUUGGAUGUCAAUCCUUUGACUAUGGGUAUCGAAACCGUCGGUGGAGUUAUGACCAAACUGAUCCCACGUAACACCGUUAUUCCUACUAAGAAAUCUCAAAUCUUCUCCACCGCAUCCGACAAUCAACACACUGUAACUAUUCAAGUGUACGAAGGCGAACGUCCCAUGACCAAGGACAACCAUUUGUUGGGCAAAUUCGAUCUAACCGGAAUUCCACCCGCUCCCAGAGGUGUACCGCAAAUCGAAGUCACCUUCGAAAUCGAUGCUAAUGGUAUUUUGCAAGUAUCGGCUGAAGAUAAGGGAACUGGUAACAGAGAAAAGAUUGUCAUCACCAACGACCAAAACAGGCUAACUCCAGACGAUAUCGACAGAAUGAUCAGGGAUGCCGAGAAAUUCGCCGACGAAGACAAGAAACUCAAAGAAAGAGUUGAAGCCAGAAACGAAUUGGAAAGCUACGCAUACUCCCUCAAAAACCAAAUCGGCGACAAAGAUAAACUUGGCGCGAAGCUCUCAGACGAAGAAAAAACGAAAAUGGAAGAAGCCAUCGACGAGAAAAUCAAAUGGCUGGAAGAUAAUCAAGAUACGGAAUCCGAAGAGUACAAGAAACAAAAGAAAGAAUUGGAAGAUGUCGUUCAACCGAUCAUUGCCAAGUUGUACCAAGGAGCUGGAGGUCCACCACCACCAUCACCUGGCGGUGAUGAAGAUGAUGAUUUGAAAGAUGAAUUGUGAGAUGAACUUUAAGGCUAUAAAGACUGAAAUAUAGUGUGUUUGAAUCCGAGCGCGAGUGGAUUGGGUGAAGUUUUAUUUUGUGGCUUAACGACUGCCUAGUAUAAUUUUCAUAUAUACAAAUUUACACAUUAUUAAUGGUACUUUUUAAUUUCUAUAAAUCGUUUCUUUAGAAUGCAUAAUUGAAAAUAUAAUAAGUUUUGUUUUAAAACGUUUAUAAAUGUAUAAUAAAUGUUUUAAAUCGAAAAAAAAUUAUAUUUACCUUCACCUUGUGUGCAAACUUGGUCUAUAUGUAAAUUAAACUGUUUUCUGUAUGAUUGUUUUUGUACUAUUAGAAAUUUUGUAAUUGUAACGGAUGUUUUGUCUGUUAGGCAAAUGUAUUUAUUUAUUUUUUGUCAGUUACAGGUGUAUGAUUUGUGAUAUUUUUUUUUAUCAUUGUUUUUUUUUAUUAAUUGGGUAUUUAUUGUAAUAAUUUUAUGAUUUGUACACCUGUAAUUGACCUUUGUUUUCCUGUAAUUUUCCAAUAAAAUUGCUAGAAAGUGUA